AUGGCGAGCUGGACCGCAUUAAACGUGGAGCCGGACGACGGCAUUGAGGACGAGGUCGAUGAUACCAAAGAGCUUCAAAUUGAAGAGGCGCUGAAGCUAUACCAAAACGCCCUCAAACUUCAUUCGCAGGGCCCAGAAUUCUACGCCCAAGCUGCAGAAGCCUACGAUGCGUUACUCAAAUCGGAGAUCUUUAAAUACCCCGAAUCGAUCUCGGAUUUCAAACGCGCAGCAGACUUGGAUGCGCACGCUACAACAACCAUUGAUGAUGGCCCUGCCGAUGCGAUCGCAGAGUUCAAUGUCAAUGAUUCAACGUCAAGCCUCUUCCAGACCCUCUACCUGUCCUACAAGAACCACGGCAAAUACAUCCUCGACUCGCUACAGGAAAACCUUCGAACCGCCCCACAAGACCCCGAAGCAGCGCACGAGACAGCACUCAAGACAACCGAGGCGUCGAGAAAAGCUUUGGAAUCGUUUGCAGAUGCUCUAGAGCGGGAUGACACAGAUCUUAAUCUAUGGCGACAAAGCGCCAGGCUCAGCAGUGCUCUGGAAAGCUAUCGCUUAAAUCGAUUUUGCCUCGAGAGUGUGCUUGCGGAUGAUGACAAUCGACUCGAAAUACGCUCGGAGCAGCUUGGGCUGGAGGAGAUCUUUUCGGAGGAGCGCCUACGUGCUACUCUGACGUCCCUCUUUGAUGGGCUGUCUGCCUCCCAAGUACCCGUGAAGAAGCCGAAGAAAGCCCUCAUCAAGUACCUCAAACAGCAUGAAGAUCCGUAUCCCUAUUUGCCAAACCUUCCGACUGAUUUGCAUGCAUUGAGUUCAAUCAAGGGUCCUCUUGCCAUAUCCACCUCCCGACGGGAGCUCACGCCACCUGACGCGACUUGGGAAUCCGUGGGUAAAGCGAUUCUAAAAGCCUUGGAUGACGAAGAGAAAUCUCCGGCGGGUGCUGCUCCGAGUCGGUUUCUUCAAGUUACCCUACCCCUGAGGGAAUCUGAGCAGCCUGACACCGCGUCAGUGAAAAUGGAGGAUCCCGAAAACGGAACUGAGGAGAGCGAGCAGAAAAAGGCAGAGAACAACGAUGUUGACAUGCUCGAGGAAACCGAAGCCGUUGAACCUGAAAAUCCCACCGAGGAUCGCAGAGAACCCCAGGAGCCCGCAGAGGAGCAGUCUUCGAUUGACCAAAGCGCAGAAAAACAACUUAUGGAGUCUUUGGAAGGUCAAUCAGUUCAGCAAGCUGAGAAGCAAGGUGAAGGCGAUACGAACCAAGAAGAAGAACCUAAAUCACCAAUUCACGCGCGAAAAAGAUCGUCCGCAUCUGCAGCCAACGAAGAACCUUCAGAAGGGGGAAGGAUGAAGAGCCGCCGUACAAGAGCCCGUGAAUCAAAUGCAGAUGGUCUAGUACAAUUAGACGAGGUUCCAUUUGACCAAGACAAGUUUUAUGAAGACCGUCUUGAAGUUUUCGUCAAUGCCGAUGAAUGGAUGUUCAAUACCCUUGGGUCUCUGUUCUCCAGAGCAGGCAUUACAUCCCUUGGUACGAUUAGGGGUCUGAAAGAAAAGCUAGCCUCUGUGAACGAGGCUGGUGACGCACCAGAAGACCCUGAGACCAGAUUAUUCCAGGAUUUUCGUGGCAUAAUCCAGCAGUGGAACGACGACAAGUCUAAGUUGAUGCAGCAGAAGGAUGAUUCCUCUUCCUUGAAAAGCAUUUCUGGAUCCAGCAAGUCUGGGCUGGCUGUUUUUCUUGAGCAUUCCAGAAAGUCGACUCGAAAGUCACUCAUCCAAGAAGAGCUUCCUUCAGGGGAGGAGCUCUAUAACUUUUCAAACACUGUUAACAGUCUUUGUAUGCAUCCUCAUGAUACCUCGUUCGAAUGGCUCAAGUGCCUUCUCAUGCCCCAAUUUGGCGAGGAUCCCUCGGACUUUGCCGUUAUGAAGUCUGCAUAUACUUCUUUCUUGUGGCCAGAGGAGCUGAAAACCACCGUUGUUGAUAUUUUGCUUCGUGAAGACGAAUAUAUCUUCACCAGGUUGUGGGAUUCCGUCGCCAAUAUUGAAAAAUGCAUUCUCGAAUCCCAUACUGCAACUCCAUUUGUUUAUGAGCCAAAGCAUUUUUCUGAAUUGGAGAUGAUCCAGUCUAUCUAUGAGCUUCACCUGGACAUAUUUGCCUCUGUUGAGAAUCUCACCACCGAGCCUAACCAAGAACAAAACUUGUCACAGCGUGAUCGAUUGACUAGGUGGGCCAUGCUAGCUCGAACAUCCUUCGAGUACGCUGUUGACUACUGUCCGUCCGAAGAGUGUCAACAGAACAUUGCGUUUCGUCAUCUUUGGACGUCCACUUUUCAUCUCAACCUUGCUGGCGAGGCUGAUCGUGAGCAUAUCUUAUUGUGCCUCCAGGAUCUCAAGCAGAUUCUCCAGUCCAUUGACAAUCCUGUCGUCAAUCUUGUGAACAACUCAAUCAUGGCGGAACUUUCCAUUGCCACCAUCGACCAGGAGGCUCUCAAAAUCAAGUGCAUGGAUUUCUUCGCCAAAGUAUUCAACACAGAGGGAGAAGAUCCUGUGUCGCUUAUUGAAGCCAUUGAACCAAUUCUCGAGCCAUCAUCAGUUGAAUAUCUAAAAGGUUCCGAAAAAGAAGUGGCCGGGUCUCUAUCUCAUUCGACCGAAAUGGCUUCUUUCCUCGACCGAGGAGAUGCUACAUUACGACUCUUUUUAUGGCGGAGACUUCAGGAGACAUACCAGGCCAUUGACUACCCCCCGAAAGUAAUCUCAUGCCAUCUGCGUAGUAUCGAGACUGUCAUGACUGAGCUUGAGGAUGUGAAGCACAUGCAAGAAGCAAGCGGACACCGCCAAGUCACUUUGUUGCGCUGGCUCAAAUCACUCGAUGGGAUUAUGAGCAAAGCCAUCCCGCUUGUAUUGCAACAGUCCGACAAGGCUUUUGAAUGUCUGGACAUAGACCAUCUGCAUUCUUCCAUGUCUGCUGUUGCUAGACUGGCUCGGCUUAUACACAGUUUCAUCCUUUACGAAGACUCAGUACGCGUUGGUCAAACCCCUGGGCGUGAUCUUCGCGGAAUUCUGGCAAAAUCUCUAGAGAGCUUCAAGGACAGAAUGAGGGAAACCUACGUGCGCUGCUGGAUUCUGUUGUACGCUCUGUUUUUGGAACUAAUAUCCCAAAAUAAGGAUGUAUUCACCGAACCGUUGGAAGAUCGCAUUCAUAUUCUUCGCUCUGUGCAUAACGCCCUAGGAGUUCGGUCUAUGUGCCGAUACUCGCAGAAACGAUUCUUGAAGCUCCUUAAGUCAGAGCUAUUUGAUCUCGAAAUCAAAGGUGAUUAUGAGUUCGACAUCUGCCAGGUGCUUUUUGAUCUCCAUGGCAUCAAGUUCUCUCCAUUUGAUGGGACUGCUGAUCAUGGAUGCUCUCCUGAGAAAUUAGAUCGUCAUACAGCAACCGUGAUGAUUGAUUUCGUGAUGAGACAAGCUCAAAAAAUGAACAUGAAAGAUCUGUCAAAGUCAGAAUUGAAGACUACGAUUGAGAAGAUGCAGCACGCAAUUGGUCCUGCAAAACUUCCUGCGCAGUCACCGCAGAUGUCAUUCAACCGGCGUCUCUUCAACAUAUACAUUAAAGGUCCAAUCAAUCCCUCGCAUCUCCUUCGCGCGGUUCAGGGAGUGACAGAGCUUUCCAUGCUCCCAGUGCCUGGCGAUAAUGCAAAAAUCGCCGCCAAGGGCUGGUACUUCCUUCUGGGCCAUGCCACACUCACAAAGUUCCGAGCCCAUAAGCGUCUGAGUCCUGGAUCAACCUCAGAGCUUGAUGAUGCCAUCAACUUCUUCCGGCAGGAUCUCGAUCAUGGAACAGGGAGAUGGGAAACAUGGUACCGGUUGGCACAAGCAUAUGAUGCAAAAUUGGAAGAGGACAUCACCUGGGCCGCGGACAAGAUUAACAACAAUCGCAGUGAGCUGGCGGCGACGCAGAGAUAUGCAAUUCAUUGCUACGCCAUGGCCGUGUCAACGGCUAUUCAAUCUGCUGAGCCCACAUCUGAGACUCGAGCCUUACUGUCAGACCUAUAUACCGACUUUGGAAUUCGUCUUUACGCUUCCUCCUGCGAGCCCCUUUCCAUGGGCGCUUUCUCAUUAGCGGACUUUUCUCGGCAUUUCAGCAGUGAGGAAAGUCAGCAGAUGUACAAAGCCCAGCCUUUCAAAGAGAUGUCUAAGUAUUCGGUGUGGAAUUUUGCCAGCAAUCUCCUCAGAAGAGCAACCAUUGACAAACCGAAGCGUUGGAUGACACACUACUUCCUCGGAAAAUGUCUCUGGAAAAUGUUUAAUUGUGAUGAUUCGCUGCGGACAACGUCGAAGCGUAUCGAAGUGCAUGAUGUGCUAGACGCUUUCCGCGAUGCCAUUUCAGCUCUUCCGCAGCGCAGGGACUCACGAGCUGAGCCGAUUUUUGAGCCCCACUUCAAACUUUUGUCGGUCGUCCACAGACUAGUUCUUCGAGGAAACUUGACUCUUGCCGAGGGAAUCAAAGCCCUCGAUGUAACUCCUUGGGCCCGCAAAGUCGACCCGCCUGAGAAUAUGGAAGGGUGGAAACCAUAUAUCCUUGAAGUUAUUAAGAAGUUCAAGAGCGCCGACAAAUCCAACUGGCAUCACCGAAUGAGCAGCAAGGCUGCGCAUAUCAUCUACGACGAUGAUAAGAACGCCACGACUGCUUCAGCUGCGAAGCAAGAGAUGUCGCAGAUUUUCACAAAGACACUCACCAUUCAAGUAUGGCGACCUGAGUUUGAACGGCCAGGUAGGCAUUUUGUCUACACCACGCGCUACGUUUAUUUCUUUGUCAGCUUGCUCGACCAGCUUGAUGAUCGUGCUAGCCUGGACCAAUUGCUACGCCGCGUGAGAAAGAAACAGGGUGAUUUCAUAGACCACACGAAGCUUUGGGAGGAUAUUUGUCUCUCUUACGCAAAGAUGAUCCGGAGGGCUGCUCAAAUAAAUGAGGGGCAUGAAGAGAGCAUCUUUAAACCGAUUGGCUGGGAGGAGUUCUCCAUGAAGACGGCUCGGCUGGAGGGUUUGACCUCCCUUGCACCAGAGAGUCAGCCACUUCUGGAGUUGAUUCGAGACGCUUUGGAGCUGAAGAAACUCAACAAUAACUUCAUGAAGGUUACCAUGUUUGAGGACCUUAUUGCGGAUCUUUACUCUCGCGUGUAUGAGCUCAACAUGCCCUUGCUCGUUGAUCAGGUCAAUGAGAACAACAAAGAAAAGAUGAAGGUUGAUCAUCUUCUCAUGACGGGUGACAGCGCUGCCGAUGCAAGCGUUCCCGCGACCCCUGUUCCAGCUUCGGACACCCCAGCUCCCCGUGGCCGUACUAAGGGUAUUGCCCGUCGGGAUAUCCAGAAGCGAGCGGAUACAAUUGUGACAUUGAAGCUACCUCCUCGUACGGCAGCCAGCAAAGCCACCACGGCGGACAAUGAACAACCAAUCCCCGUCAGACGUGGCUCAAAUUCUGUCGCGACAUCUGGGCCGACCUCUACUCCACAUGGAGCGAAGCGCGAGUCAAUGGCUGGAGAAGACAGGGGUGAACGAAGGACAGAACCCGGCGAUGAGACUGAAUUGAGCGACCUGGAUGAAUCAAAACUCGAAAACACAUCUUCAGAGCGAAAGGCCAUAGUAUUCCCCAUUCUGGACAAGAGCGAACCAGGUGAUGGUGAGACCGAAGACGACGCUGGCAGUGGAGAAGAAGAGGCCGAAGAAGGGGAUGACGAAGAUGAUGGCGAUGGCGAUGGCGAUGGCGAUGGCGGUGCGACUGAGACUGGCGGGGAAGAAAAUCAAGAGGUCGAUGAUGGUGGUGAUGAUGAGAUGCAGGAGGAGGGUGAAGACACCACUAUUGAAGAAACCAAACUCUACGAUGAAGACGACCAGAUCGAUGAAGGAGACAAUGGGGACAAUGAGACUAUCAACAUCACUGAUGGCAAAGACUCUGGUGCUCUAACUCCGAGUGAGGAUACCGAACAACCCGAAGCCAUGGAUAUCACACCCGCUUAA